CUGCCGAUUACAGACCCCACAGAUGUGCUAUCCAAUUGUACCGUGACAAGCUAUGAUGAUGCUAUCCGGUACACAUUCUUCUAUUACGAUUCGGUGACAAACCGUGAACUGAUCGAAAUGCCCGAAUUGGAGCUGUGCCAACCGAACUAUCAAGAUUUGGUGACCUGCGUAGCCAACACCGUUGAGGUGCCAAACAAUGUGUUUGGAACCAUUUACAUUCGGGUACUGGAUGCUUUUCAUCCGAGGUUUGAAAAGCUGAACUUUACGACUUUCAAGGAAACCCAUACAGUCUGGCGCGUCGAGCCAGACACUUACGAGGUGUUCUAUCCGCGAAAUCCACCCGAUUCUCCUGGAGUCAGAGUGACCGUCAAAACUGCUGGAGAAACAGUACAAGUCGCCAGAUGCAAAGCAGCCGGGGAUCAGGUGGCCCUAGACAGUUACAAUGGCUCGUGGUAUCCGACUGAAAAGUUUGACGUGAUCGAUGUCGACAUGAUAUGCUGGGUUUCGCGUUCAUCAGAGAAAAUUUACUAUCUGUUUCCGGUGCAAUUCAUGCGUAAGCAUACAGAAGAGGAGUGCAUUGAAGAUAUUGAUCUCAGUUUAAUGUCACACAGUGCCACCGUGCCUCCAGCCAAAGACAAUCUGAAUCGUUGGGGCGUCUGUCUGCGAGCCCUGCUGCUCUAUGACUGCAAAAAGUGA